AACACAAGAGCGAGGUGUUGUGGUAUUAUUGGUCAGUGCUUCUCACGCUCCUCAAAAGAGGCUUGAUUGAUCUUACAAAAACAAACGAGAGUAAUCUAUUCUGAGAUAUCCUCCAACGACCGACGUGGUAGUUUCCCUUUUCAUCUGCCCGGUUUCAGCUUCUCUGCCUCACUCACAUGGAACCAGAUGACUCCAACCCAUCUCAGCCUGACAGCUUCCUCUUUAAUGGAAAACAUGUGAUCAAUGUUAUUGACUUGAACAAGAAAAGGAAGUUACAGUCUGAACAAUUGGGCUUGCCUGUAGCGAAGCAUAAAUGCUGGGAUGGAAGCUUACCAUCUAAAUCUAUCUCUAGAUUUGUUGAAAACCUAGAGGUAGAGGAUUUCCAUAAAAAUAUAAUCAAGGGAAUGGCAGAGGCAGAGACCACUGACGAUGGGUCUGAAGAAGAAUCAACAAAAGCUAGCGAUAGCUUUGCAGAAGAUUCUGAUUCUGCAAUGUCUGUAAAGGGUGCAUCUAAAUUUGAAGCUGAGAAUGGAAAAAUGUGGCCACACAUUAGGCCUUCCUCUUCUUCAUCUAAUUGGGGCUCCAGCAGUGUCAAGGAAAACCGUUAUUCUUUGGAGGAUACAGCAAUGACAGGAGACAUUGGCAAAGAACAAUUUACUGUUGUGGUUGAAAAGCUCCACUCUUCCCAUUAUGUUGAUGGAAUACACAUCGCUGAGAACCUUGAUGAACCUCUAAUUGAUUACGGAAGCCAUAUGGAGUACCUUUGCUCCAGAUAUGAUAAAAACAUCAUGGAGCAGCAAUACAUAGAUAAGGAAAUUGAAGAUUUUCUCUACUCCAAUGAAGUGAAUCCAAAUAUAUAUGUGCUUUCCUCUGGAAGGCAGAGCGGUGAUCAAGAGGCUGAGCGAGGCAAGAGGAAACCAACCAUUGACCAAGAAUUUGAACAGUAUUUUUCCACACUUAUGCUCUAGCAGAGGUUCCUAGAACAUGAACUUGUAAAAUGUAUAUAAUGCUUUGUAGCUAUUUGGUGUAUUUGACUUAUGUGACUAAUGUCAAAACUCGCUAAUGGCUUAUCUCUGGCUAUCCCAAUAAAUGAGGUAACUUAAUCUA